AUGCAGAAUAUAAUCAUAGGUAUCAUUUUUGCAGCUAUGAUCCCAAGAAAAAAUCGCAGAGAAAGAACAACUUUUAAUCGGCAGCAACUCGAGGUUCUAGAGACUUUGUUCGAAGCGACACAAUAUCCAGAUGUUUUUACCCGUGAAAAAGUCGCGGAACAAAUACAGUUGCAGGAAAGUCGAAUCCAGGUUUGGUUUAAAAAUAGACGAGCAAAGUACCGACAGCAGGAGAAGCAAAAGCCUAAAGCUGAAAAGAAGGACGCCGCUGGUGUUGCAGCCACGGCGUCACCAUCGGUGACAAAAGAAGAAGCAACAUUUGUUCCACAAAACAGCGAACCCGAGUCUGGUUCCCCUCACAAACCCACUACUCCUGAGGAAAAGAGGGAAAGCCCACAAACGCCUGCUAGUGCUAGCAGUGGCAUCGGGGACUCUUCGUGGACAAGUGAUGCAUCUUCCACGGUCAGCACUUAA